AUGUUAGAUGAUUUUCGUAUUGAGUGGAUUUGUCGACGAACAUGUCAAAUGCUUAAUGUUGAUAGGUCCAUAUUUGUUGAUAUGUUAGAACGAAAUAAUGGUUUUAAUGAAGAUUUAAUUGAUAAAUUUCUUAAUAUGAAUACAGCUUUACAUGAAAGAUCAUAUGCAUUAUUAUUUCAUCGUGAAGAUUCAACACGAAAAGUUUGGCAAAUGAUUGAUUCUAUUGAUGAAGAAGAAGAUUUUGAUGAGUUUGAUAAUGAUGAUGAUGAUGAAAACGAUCAACAAUUUAUUUUGACUAUCAAUGAACCAAUCGAUGCCGAAACUGAAUAUCCAAUUGAUUAUGUAUUUAAUAAUGCUCGUUUAUCGACUGGUGAUAUAAUAGAUUCAAUGUAUGAAAAUGUUCGAAAUAUUCAACGUCUUCUAGUUAUUAAUCAAUAUGAUAAUAAACAUUAUUAUUUUCAAUUAAGAUCUUUUCAUGAAGCACGUCUUUAUUGUGAAUAUCAACAUUAUCAUAAUUUAACAAAGAAAAUAUUUAUUUAUUUUAUUCGAACUGAUAUUAAUCAAUAUUUAAUUCAAUCGUCAACAUAUGAUGAAAUGAAUUUAUUGAUGAAUGAAAAUUUAAUCUAUGGAAUUAUUCCUGAAGAACAACCACUUGAAUCUCUUAGUGAAAUUUUAUCAUUAAUCUAUAAGAACUUAUUACCACCAAUUAAUGAUCAAUCAUUAAAAUUAUCUUCAUUUAUUGUUGAAGAAACAUCUGAACGUGAUCAAUUACGUUUAAGUUUAAAUCGUUUUCAUUUACAGAUACAAUCAACAUUACGACAAAUGCAAGGAGAAUUUCAUUUAAUGAUUUCAAAUAAAAAUUUAUUUAUAAAUGGAGAAGAAACAGAAGAAGAAUAUAUUGAAAAUCUUGAAUAUCUUGUUUAUGAUUGGGAAGCCAUUUUACAUGAAGAAAUGAAUAAUGAAUUAAAUAAACGAAUCUUAAAUACAAAUCCUCUUGAUGAAUUAGAAUUUUGGCAUGAAAGAUCAAUUCGAAUAACUUCAAUUUUAGAACAAAUGAAAAAAGAUGAUAUUAUGAGAAUUAUUCAUAUUUUAACAGAUCUUGAUAAUCCUUCAAUAGUAGGAUUUAAUAAUAUAAAAUUACAAUUACAAAAUUAUUUAUUAGAAGCUACAGAUAAUUAUAAAUUUUUAUCAACAAUUGAACGACACUUAAAAACAUUACAAAUGGCUAAAUCAUUUCAAGUAGUUAGCAAUAUGUUACCUAAUUUAAUGCAAGGUUUAAAAAUCAUUUGGUUAGUAAAUUAA